CGCCGAGUGUUGCUGGGGCCGCUUGUCAUCUGGCCGAGCGCAGGCCGCGAGCACCGGGCCGGGGAGCGGGGAAUGGGCCACAGGAGCAGGUGAAUGGUCACCAUGGAGGACAAGGCUGUAGGGACGGACCACGUGAAGGUGGAGCCCCCGGAGGUAAUGCCAGAUCAGCCACUGGCAGAGCUAGAGCUUCCGGAGCAGCUGAAGUGUGAGGUGCAAAUAGACUCAUCAGGCAUGGUGCUGGCAGAUUGCCUAGGGGAUUAUAAUCUGGGGACCCAGCUCGCAGUGGAGCAAGAGAUUCAGAUCGGUGAUGGUGCCCCCCCAUGCUUAGAUUAUGACAGCUACCUCCCUAAGAAAGCCCCCAAGCCCCGGCAAAGAAAAUUAUCAGGAGACAGACUGUUCAACUGUGGGCAGUGCGGGAAAAGCUUCCUACGCAGCACCGACCUGGCCAAGCAUGAGAAGGCGCACGGGGAGGAGAGGACGUACAUGUGCAACAUUUGUGGGAAGAUCUUCCGCAGACACACAUCCCUGCUAAUACACGCUCGCAUUCACACAGGCGAGCGGCCAUACCAGUGUACGCAGUGUGGCAAGAGCUUUGUGCAGCGCCAGCAUCUCACCACCCACCAGAAGACUCACACUGGCGAGAAGCCCUUCCAGUGUAUAGAGUGUGGCAAGGGCUUCCGGUGGCGAUCAGAGCUUCUCAAGCAUCAGAAGAACCAUACGGACAAGACCCCUAUAGGAUUUGAUGAGCUUGCUUCCUCUUUCUCUAAAGAAGAGUGGAUGGAGUUGGAGGAAUGGCAGAAAGAGCUUUAUAGGAACGUGAUGAAGGAGACAUCCGAGACCCUCAUAUCACUAGGAGAAGGGCUGGUGGAGAAAGCGAUCAAUGAGAAGAACGCAGAAGAACUUGUCUCCUCAGCUGGUUUAGCCAUAGACGGUGCAAACAGCUUGUCCCUCUGCCCAGAAAGCUCAGAAGCUUGUGACAACCAGUUGUGCGGAGGGGAAGGACAGUCGGGACAAGCUCUGAAUAUUGCAGAGGAUAAAGCCGCAGCCUUCACGGAAGGUGUGGACAAAAUAAGGAUGAAAUUCCUUGGACGUACCCAAGCCGCUGCAUCCAAGAAUGACAAGGCUCACGCCUGUGCAGAGUGUGAAAAAGUCUUCUACAACAAGCGCACCCUGAAGGCCCACUUGAGGGGUCACCUUGGCGAACGUUCAUACAUCUGUAACGUGUGUGGCAAGUGCUUUCGCAGGCACACGUCUCUGCUUAUCCAUGAGCGCAUCCACACUGGGGAGCGACCGUAUCAGUGCACACAGUGCGGCAAAAACUUUGUGCAGAGACAGCACCUCACCACGCACCUGCGCACUCACACGGGGGAGAAACCCUUUCAGUGCCUGGAAUGCGGGAAGGGGUUUCGCUGGAGAUCAGAGCUGAUGAAGCACCAGAAAGUCCAUGAGGAGGAGGUGGCAGACAAUGAACUCAAGGAGGAGAAAGACUCUGAGGCAGGGGGAACGGAUGCAGAUUGUGGUGCUGCAGAAGGAUCAAGCUCUGAGCAGUCCAAAAAAACCCAGAACAAAGGUAAAGGCAAAAGGCCCCGCACAUUUGGCCUCCCACGCAACCCCAAAGCAGAGAAAGCACAUGCCUGCGCGGAGUGUGGGAAGAUCUUCUACAAUAAGAGGACUCUGAAGUCCCACCUAAGGGCUCACCUCGGGGAGAGGUCGUACAUAUGCAAUGUGUGUGGGAAAUGUUUCCGGAGACACACGUCUCUGAUCAUCCAUGAGCGCAUCCACACCGGGGAGCGGCCAUACAAGUGCACACUGUGCGGCAAGACCUUUGUGCAACAGCAGCACCUCACUACCCACCAGAAAACCCACACGGGGGAAAAACCCUUCCCGUGUGACCGCUGUGGCCGGAGCUAUCGCUGGAGGUCGGAACUAGCCAAGCACCAGAAGGUUCACGAGGAGGAGAGCACAGCUGGUGUUUCUGAGGACGGACAGAAGGAGACUGGCUUAAGGAAACGGCGUUACAAACGUGCAGAGAGGGGCCCCUUGGCUGCUGUGGAAAGAGGCAAAGCAUUGGGAAAGAGAGCACGAUUGCUUCUGCGACAGCGUGCACAGAAGGGAGAACGCACUCACGCCUGCCCAGAGUGCGGCAAGACCUUUCUGACCAAGAGAACAUUGCGCACUCACCAGCGAGCACACACAGACGAACGGUCGUACAUCUGCAAUGUCUGUGGCAAGAGUUUCCGUCGGCACACCUCUCUGCUUAUUCAUGAGCGCAUUCACACAGGAGAGCGGCCUUAUCAGUGUGCUCAGUGUGGCAAGAGCUUUGUGCAGCGGCAGCACCUCACCACCCACCUGAAGACUCAUACUGGGGAGAAGCCUUUCCGCUGUGCAGACUGCGGCAAAGGCUUCAGAUGGAGGUCUGAACUUGUCAAGCACCAGAAGGUUCAUGAGGAGGAGAGCCUCCUGGCUGGGAUGGACCCGGCAUGUAAGACAGAGAAGGAUAGUUUUCUGGAGGAUGAUUGGAAGGCUAUUAAUGGUGUACAAACAGGCGAACCCAAUGAAGAUGUGAGCACUUCUAAUAAGGGUAACGACACAGAGCCGAAGACGCUGGAGCGCCUUUUCCCAUGCACACAAUGUGAGAAAAGCUUCUUACGCAGCUCAGACUUGGUGAGACACCAAAGGAGUCACCUUGGAGAGCGCCCAUAUGUAUGUAACCAGUGUGGAAAGUGCUUCCGACGUAACACAUCUCUCAUUAUCCACGAGCGCAUUCACACUGGAGAGAGGCCGUACCAGUGCGCUCAGUGCGGCAAGAGCUUUGUUCAGAGACAGCACCUUACAACGCACCUAAAGACUCAUACAGGAGAGAAGCCCUUUCCCUGCUCAGUCUGUGGCAAGAGCUACCGAUGGAGAUCCGAGCUGGUCAAACACCAGAGGGUACACAAUGAUGAGACUGCAGUUACUUUUGAUGAUGUUGCCGUAUGCUUCUCAGAUGAGUGGAAGGAUUUGGAAGAGUGGCAAAAGGAACUUUACAGGAACAUGAUGAAGGAGAACGCAGAAUCGCUCAUAUCCCUGGCUGGUGAAGUUUGGAUCAAUAAGAACGGAAAAGAGAUGUUGCCCGGGAGGAACCCAGAAGACCUGGAAAACUCAUUGGACUCAAAGGACCACAUCCCGUUGGGUGCAGAUCCAGGCAGUUUAGGAGACCAUGAUGGUGUUAUCAACGAUGUAAGGGACUUCACUAGCAACCAUCUGCAGGGGGAUGAGCCGCACACCUCCACUGAUGAUCUGCGAGGCUUUCGGCACAGCCUGCACUUUCUCGACCAGAGACGAGCUCCAAAGGAAAAGCUUUUCUGCUGUACUGAGUGUGAUAAGCGAUUUGCUCGAAACUCUGACCUUCUAAAGCAUCAGAAAAGCCACCUGGCUGGAGAGAAACCAAAUCUGUGCAAUGAAUGCGGGAAAGUUUUCCGUAGACGAACAUCUUUACUCAUCCAUAAGCGCAUCCACACAGGCGAGAGGCCGUACAAGUGCAAGCAGUGUGGCAAGAGCUUUGUGCAGCGGCAGCACCUUACCACUCACAUAAAGACGCACACGGGAGAGAGACCGUAUCCUUGUAACCAGUGUGGUAAGAGCUAUCGCUGGAGAUCAGAGCUGCUUAAGCACCAAAAGGUCCAUGUUGGGCAGGUGCCAGAAGUGUCUGUAGAAUACACACAAGGGUGAGGGCAGAAUACAGCUGAAUGGUGAAGAAAUAUUUACUUUUACUGUAAAUAGGUAUCCUCCGGAGAGGCCUGGUGCCUUGUACAUUGGUAGGUGCAAGCUGGCAUGGAUCGGAUUCUGUGCCAGGACUUGGCACUGACCCCUGUGUUAGAGCACGAGGGAUAAACUGUUCUGGUGGUGCUGAUUUUAUGACUCUCAUUUGUCUCAGUGGACACCAAACUUUUUGAGUUGGAUGGUGACCCACAUUUGCACUUUGUGAAAUGUGUGUUGCAUCCUCAGCAUAAAACCGUCCUGCAUACGCCAGGCAUCUGAUGUGAGAUGUGCUGAGCACUAAACCAACCUCAUCCUACAGAUCACCCGGAGCUACAUUAUCAGACUGUCUUUCAUCGGACGUUUGCCAAACAUCACACCAGCUUUUAGAGUGAAUUUGUUGUAUUAACCAUUUAAUUUUUAAAUUAGCAAAGGCGCACGUUUAGCAAAUUAUUAAUUAAGAUCUAGUGUGAUCUUCUUCCUACCUGACCCCAGGGAUACUCACUGCAGCCUUGUGUUUCAAUAUCUGUUCUAUGGCUGCUUCCUAUCCUAUUUUGUCUUUAGCCUGCUAGAUCUCUCUGGUUUUCCUUAUUUUCCUAGCCUGGUAUACCUCACUGGGCUCUCGGCUGUCCCUAGCCUGGUAUACCUCACUGGGCUCUCGGCUGUCCCUAGCCUGGUAUACCUCACUGGGCUCUCGGCUGUCCCUAGCCUGGUAUACCUCACUGGGCUCUCGGCUGUCACUAGCCUGGUAUAGCUCUCUCUGGUCUUUCAGCCUGUCCCUAGUCUGGUAUACCUCACUGGACUCUCAGCUGUCCCUAGCCUGGUAUAGCUCUCUCUGGUCUUUCAGUCUGUCCCUAGCCUGGUAUACCUCACUGGGCUCUCAGCUUCUCCCUAACCUGGUAUACCUCUUUGGUCUUUCAGCCUGUCCCUAGCUUGGUAUACCUCACUGGGCUCUCAGCUGUCACUAGCCUGGUAUACCUCACUGGGCUCUCGGCUGUCCCUAGCCUGUUAUACCUCACUGGGCUCUCGGCUGUCCCUAGCCUGGUAUACCUCACUGGGCUCUCGGCUGUCCCUAGCCUGGUAUACCUCGCUGGGCUCUCGGCUGUCCCUAGCCUGGUAUACCUCACUGGGCUCUCAGUUGUCACUAGCCUGGUUUACCUCACUAGGCUCUCAGCUGUCCCUAGCCUGGUAUACCUCAUUGGGCUCUCGGCUGUCCCUAGCCUGGUAUACCUCAUUGGGCUCUCGGCUGUCCCUAGCCUGGUAUACCUCAUUGGGCUCUCGGCUGUCCCUAGCCUGGUAUACCUCGCUGGGCUCUCGGCUCUCCCUAGCCUGGUAUACCUCACUGGGCUCUCGGCUGUCCCUAGCCUGGUAUACCUCACUAGGCUCUCAGCUGUCCCUAGCCUGGUAUACCUCACUGGGCUCUCAGCUGUCCCUAGCCUGGUAUACCUCACUAGGCUCUCAGCUGUCCCUAGACUGGUAUACCUCAUUGGGCUCUCGGCUGUCCCUAGCCUGGUAUACUUCACUGGGGUUACAGUCUGUCCCUAGCCUGGUAUACCUCAUUGGGCUCUCGGCUGUCCCUAGCCUGGUAUACUUCACUGGGCUGACAAUCUGUCCCUAGCCUGGUAUACCUCACCGGGCUGACAGUCUGUACCUAGCCUGGUAUACCUCACUGGGCUGACAGUCUGUCCCUAGCCUGAUAUACCUCACUGGGCUGACAGUCUGUCCCUAGCCUGGUAUACCUCACCGGGCUGACAGUCUGUCCCUAGCCUGGUAUACCUCACUGGGCUGACAGUCUGUCCCUAGCCUGGUAUACCUCACUGGGCUGACGAUCUGUCCCUAGCCUGGUAUACCUCUCUGGUCUUUCAGCCUGUCCCUAGCCUGGUUUACCUCUCUCUGGUCUUUCAGCCUGUCCCUAGCCUAGUAUACCUCUCUGGUCUUUCAGCCUGUCCCUAGCCUGGUAUACCUCUCUCUGGUCUUUCAGCCCGUACCUAGCCUAGUAUACCUCACUGGGUUCUCAGCUGUCCCAUAGCCUGGUAUACCUCUCUGGUCUUUCAGCCUGCCCCUAGCCUGGUAUACCUCUCUCUGGUCUUUCAGCCUGUCCCUAGCCUGGUAUACCUCUCUCUGGUCUUUCAGCCUGUCCCUAGCCUGGUAUACCUCACUGGGCUGACAGUCUGUCCCUAGCCUGGUAUACCUCACUGUGCUGACAAUCUGUCCCUAGCCUGGUAUACCUCACUGGGCUGACAAUCUGUCCCUAGCCUGGUAUACCUCACUGAGCUGACAAUCUGUCCCUAGCCUGGUAUACCUAACUGGGCUGACAGUCUGUCCCUAGCCUGGUAUACUUCACUGGGCUCUCGGCUGUCCCUAGCCUGGUAUACCUCAAUGGGUUCUCGGCUGUCCCUAGCCUGGUAUACCUCAUUGGGCUCUUAGCCAGUCCCUAGCCUGGUAUACCUCACUGGGCUAUCGGCUGUCCCUAGCCUGGUAUACCUCACUGGGCUAUCGGCUGUCCCUAGCCUGGUAUACCUCACUGGGCUGACAGUCUGUCCCUAGCCUGGUAUACCUCACUGGGCUGACAGUCUGUCCCUAGCCUGGUAUACCUCACUGGGCUGACAGUCUGUCCUUAGCCUGGUAUACCUCACUGGGCUGACAGUCUGUCCCUAGCCUGGUAUACUUCACUGGGCUCUCGGCUGUCCCUAGCCUGGUAUACCUCAUUGGGUUCUCGGCUGUCCCUAGCCUGGUAUACCUCAUUGGGUUCUCGGCUGUCCCUAGUCUGGUAUACCUCAUUGGGUUCUCGGCUGUCCCUAGUCUGGUAUACCUCAUUGGGCUCUCGGCUGUCCCUAGUCUGGUAUACCUCAUUGGGCUCUCGGCUGUCCCUAGCCUGGUAUACCUCAUUGGGCUCUCGGCUGUCCCUAGCCUGUUAUACCUCAUUAGGCUCUCGUCUGUCCCUAGCCUGGUAUACCUCACUAGGCUCUCAGCUGUCCCCUAGCCUGGUAUACCUCACUGGGCUGACAAUCCGUCCCUAGCCUGGUAUACUUCACUGGGGUUACAGUCUGUACCUAGCCUGGUAUACCUCACUGGGCUGACGGUCUGUCCCUAGUUUGGUAUACCUCACUGGGCUAACAGUCUGUCCCUAGCCUGGUAUACCUCACUGGGCUCUUAGCCAGUCCCUAGCCUGGUAUACCUCACUGGGCUCUUGGCUGCCCCUAGCCUGGUAUACCUCACUGGGCUCUUAGCCAGUCCCUAGCCUGGUAUACCUCACUGGGCUGACAGUAUGUCCCUUGCCUGGUAUACCUCACUGGGCUGACAGUCUGUCCCUUGCCUGGUAUACCUCACUGGGCUGACAGUCUGUCCCUAGCCUGGUAUACCUCACUGGGUUAACAGUCUGUCCCUAGCCUGGUAUACCUAACUGGGCUUACAAUCUGUCAUUAGCCUGGUAUACCUCACUGGGCUGACAGUCUGUCCCUUGCCUGGUAUACCUCACUGGGCUGACAGUCUGUCCCUUGCCUGGUAUACCUCACUGGGCUGACAGUCUGUUCCUAGCCUGGUAUACCUCACUGGGUUGACAUUCUGUCCCUAGCCUGGUAUACCUCACUCGGCUUUUAGUCUGUCCCUAGCCUGGUAUACCUCACUGGGCUCUCGGCUGUCCCUAGCCUGCUAUACCUCACUGGGUUAACAGUCUGUCCCUAGCCUGGUAUACCUCACUCGGCUUUUAGUCUGUCCUCAGCCUGGUAUACCUCACUGGGCUUUUAGUCUGUCCCUAGCCUGGUAUACCUCACUCGGCUUUUAGUCUGUCCCUAGCCUGGUAUACCUCACUGGGCUCUCAGUUGUCACUAGCCUGGUAUACCUAACUGGGCUGACAGUCUGUCCCUAGCCUGGUAUACCUCACUGGGCUCUCGGCUGUCCCUAGCCUGGUAUACCUCACUGGGCUGACAGUCUGUCCCUAGCCUGGUAUACCUCACUCGGCUUUUAGUCUGUCCCUAGCCUGGUAUACCUCACUCGGCUUUUAGUCUGUCCCUAGCCUGGUAUACCUCACUGGGCUCUCGGCUGUCACUAGCCUGGUAUACCUAACUGGGAUCUCGGCUGUCACUAGCCUGUUAUACCUCACUGGGCUGACAAUCUGUCCCUAGCCUGGUAUACCUCACUGGGCUGACAAUCUGUCCCUAGCCUGGUAUACCUCACUGGGCUGACAGUCUGUCCCUAGCCUGGUAUACCUCACUGGGCUGACAGUCUGUCCCUAGCCUGGUAUACCUCACUGGGCUCUCGGCUGUCCCUAGCCUGGUAUACCUCAGUGGGCUCUCGGCUGUCCCUAGCCUGGUAUACCUCACUGGGCUGACAGUCUGUCCCUAGCCUGGUAUACCUCACUCGGCUUUCAGUCUUUCCCUAGCCUGUUAUACCUCACUGGGCUCUCGGCUAUCCCUAGCCUUGUAUACCUCACUGGGCUGACAGUCUGUCCCUAGCCUGGUAUACUUCACUCGGCUUUUAGUCUGUCCCUAGCCUGGUAUACCUAAUUGGGCUCUCGGCUGUCACUAGCCUGGUAUACCUCACUGGGCUCUCGGCUCUCCCUAGCCUGGUAUACCUCACUGGGCUCUCGGCUCUCCCUAGCCUGGUAUACCUCACUGGGCUCUCGGCUGUCACUAGCCUGGUAUACCUCACUGGGCUCUCGGCUGUCACUAGCCUGGUAUACCUCACUGUUUUAAUAAUUUAAAAGAUUUUGUCAUAUUAAUAAGUUAAAUAUAAAGAUUGUUUUUUUACUGUAAAAUAGAUGAUGUAAAUUUGUAAUCCACUUUUAUUUAAGGAAUUAAAACCUAGGCGCUAGAUUGCAGUAAAACAGAACCCGUUGUAUUGUAACACAGUGCUGCUAAGAAUGGUUAUUGAGCUAUCCCAAAAACCUACCAGUUCUCCAGUGCCCACAAUAACAUAGUUGUUUCCCACUCUUCAGCGUCUCUGGUAGGUGAUCAGCUACUAUCAGUGCAUAGUCCUGUGGGUCAGGCCGGAUGAUCCUGUUUUUAUGUUUUUAUUUCCCCAUAUACCUUCAUUUACACCAACAUGAGACUUGCUACGGAAUAAUUACAUGGUCUACGGAACCUUCUUAACCUUCACGGACUAUACACGGAGAAUCGUGUUAACACCUCUUUGUCAUUUUGCUGUGGCUGAAGCAAAAAUGAUUUUGAAAAACAAAUGUCUUCUUUUGUAACAAUAACAAACAUUAAUGUAUUUGAAGCAUAAGUGUUAUGUUCAUGUGAUUGUAUGAACCUGUGAUUUUAUUGAA